CGCGGCUUAAAAAUCUGAGGUGAUCUUCAUCUUUUUGAUGCCAACUUAAACAUUGGAACAUAGCUGCCCAAUUUUGUUGCUGGAAAGAUCAUUCAUUUGGAUAUGUCAAUUUCUUUUCUUUUCUAUUUGAAUUUUUGGUCACUCCAUCACAUUGAGUUAUGCGAGGCAAAUAACUUGUGUUGGUAAAAUGGAGUUACCUGUCUACCUCAUGGAUCAACUCACUACGGACGAAAUCGUUUUCCAUAAGUCCUGUUUCAAGUGCAAUAACUGCAAAGGAACCCUCACGCUCGAUAGGAUCAUCUGCAACCACUUCAACGUUGAGGUGAUGAUGAUGAUGGGAGGCUAUAAUAUUUUGGCUCUAUUGGAUUUCAACUUUCUUAAUUCUGAUGGAAUAUUGCUAGGUGUUUUGUAUUGUAAGCCUCGCUUUGAACAACUCUUCAAGGAAUCUGGCAACUUCAACAGAAUUUUCAAUCACAUAUUUUGAAUGGUAAAUGGAGAUAUUCAGAAACUC